GAAUACUUCCAGUUAAAUUAAAUUAUAAUGACCUACCUCAAGAAGAUACUUUAUUAUACAAUAAAUAUCUGGAUGAUGAAAACGAAGUUGAUUAUCUUAUUGAACAACUUCCAAUUAAUAAUAAUGAUCUUUUAUCUGCAUCAGAAUAUAUAAAAAUUAACAAUGACCUAUCUACAACCAAAAUACCUUCAAACCAAGAAAUUUUAGCCGCUCUUCAAGAAGAAGAUGAUAAUGAUACAAGUGAGCCCUUAAUUCAAAUUUCACUUAAAACAGCAUUGAAAAGUUUGGAAAAUAUAAAGCUAUUAUUGUUAAAUUUACCAGAAGCCUUACACAUUGAAAAUGAUGAUUUGAAGGUUAUCAACUCACUUAAAAAAUGUAUUUCAUACUUAAUUACUCAACAAAAGAAGCAAUCAAAUCUAGAGAAUUUUUUUAGUGAUAAGUAA